AUGAAAAAAGGAAAAAUAAUAAUUUUAUAUUUUCUUAUAGUUAUUCAUAUCAAUUUUUAUAAAAAUGUUAAAAUCAAAAAAAAAUGGGGGAAUAUAUUUUACUUAUAUAAUACCCCCCCACUAAACAAACAAAAAAAAAACUUCCAACUGAAAAAUAGUUGUACGUUUCUAACUGGGAUUAAACCAAGUGGAAGUAUACACCUAGGGAACUACAUAGGUUGCUUAUCUCCCAUUAUAAAUCUUGAAGCUCAAAAAGAGGAAAACUACACAAAUGAUGCAAAACGAAUAAACAAAAUAAUCCUAAUUGCCGAUCUACAUAGUCUGACAAAUAUUAAUAAUAUAUUUUCAUUAAAGCAAAAUGUUGUCGACUCAGUAAAGACUAUGAUUUCUUUGAUUAUAAACAUGUACAUGAAAAAAAAAAACUACAUCGAUAUCUAUAUAAAUGACAUAAAUAUAGAACACAUUAUUAAACAACUUAAUAUAAACAUAAAGGAUGAUAUAAAUAUCCAAAAUCUAUUAUCAUUUAAUGAUGACAAUAUGUAUCUCAAUUUAUCAGAAGUAUGCAAACAAAAAGACAUUUUUACUUCACAACACCAAAAUUUAAAUACAAAUAAACAAAAUGAUAAUCAUAAAUUUUGUACAAAAUCAAAUAUUAAACAAAAACAUUAUUUUUACAUAAUUAAACAAUCUGAUAUACAACAACACACAUCUCUUUAUUAUUUAAUAAAUUCUUUUUCUUCCAUUAAUAUGCUAAACUCACAUAUACAUAUAAAAGUUAGUGAAAAUAAAAAAUCCUUUUCCUUAUUUUCCUAUCCAAAUUUAAUGUUAUCAGAUAUUAUGCUUUAUAAACCUCACUAUUUAAUAAUAGGGUUAGAUCAAAAAAAAAACAUUGAAAUUAUAAAAAAAAUUUCAAAAAAAAUUAAUACAUCCUUAAAUAAGCAUAUAAUUAAAUUGCCCAAAAUAUAUUCUUCAAAAUUCAAUAUCGAAAUAAUGAAUUUGGAUGGACAUAAUAAAAUGAGUAAAGAUAAAGAAUUAUCAACUUGUCAAAAUUUACAUAAAGUUAUUUAUCUAUUUGAUAAUAAAAAUAUAAUCGAAGACAAAAUUCGAAGAAGUAAAACAGAUAAUUACAACACAUUAAUAUAUGCUAAUCAUGAUAGAAAAGAAAUUAAUAAUCUUAUUAAUAUGUAUUUCUUCUUUUUUUAUCAUAAAAUUAAAAAUAUAUAUUAUAAUUUAAAUAAUUCUAAAGAGGAAAACGAUAAAAUUCUUUCCCUUCAAAACUCUCUAUUUUUAAAUAACACUAUAGAACAAAACCCCCAAUCUCAGCCUAUGAAUAUCCACAAUCAACCUGACGAAAAUCUGCAAAAUUAUAACCAUCUACCCAAAACACAUAAUGAAAAAAUUAUUUUAAAAAAAUAUAAUAUCAACCCAAAUUUUAAUGUAAAUAUUAUAAAUAAUAUCCUAUCUAACUAUAAUAAUAAUUAUCAACAUUUUAAAUAUGAUCUGUCUCAACUAAUAUAUAACCAUUUCAGAUUCUCAAAGUAUUGUUAUGAUAAACUUCAUUCCGAACAUGCAUUAAUAAGUAAUUUAUUAAAGAUUGGGAAACAAUGCUUAUAUGAAAAGGCUUCCAAAACAUAUAAGAGUUUCAAGAGAAAUUUAAAUAUAUAA